ACUAUGACUAUUACCGGGGUCGUAAUGAAUCCAAUUCGUGCAUACGAGACGUCCCAGUGGGAUCCAUCCGCUAUGAUAGUGCAAGAUAUCCGUUCCCGACAUGGAAUACAGCGUGCUCUUGUAAGACCAGCAUCACAAGUCGCUGCCCGUGAGCCAGGACAGGUGUUCACUGUUCCACCUUCGCCGGUUGAUACAAAAUGCAUCCCGCCAGCGCCAGAAUCUCAGCACGAGAAAUGGUGGAGUCCAGUCACUAUGAUGACCGUGCACCGGGUCGGCGGUGCUAGACCCAAGCAAAAGCGCGCCGCCGACAGGCCAACAUUGCGUGUGAUUACUCACGGGUUGCAACCCUCCGAUGGACGGACGAAGAGUCUCUGCCGACCGUUGCCGCCGGUGGAGGGGAAACGGUACGAGACAAAGUACGAUGUUCAGCACGAACUUGGAACCCAGCUGGGACUUGUCCAGCGGGAACUUGAACGCACCAAGGCUCUGUUGGAACGUACCAGGGCCGAGCGGGAUUGGCAUGAAUGCAUGAUCAAGCAUUGCGAGGCAGGGCUCAAAUUGAUGCUCGCGGAAGAGGAUGAAGCAGUUUUGGUAAUUUGUCGCUGGAUCGCAACGCACCGAAAGCUGCUCCCAGCCCUUGCAGCGGUACUGACCCUUCCACGACGGAGGAAGGACCAACGGGUCAGGUCCGGUCGGCAGAUCACGCCGUAUACGGGACAGCGCUUCGAGUGCCCGCGGGACAACGACGUGGGCGGAGCUCAAUGGUAG